ACUUCACUUGUCAAUCGGCGGAGCAUUCCGUGUGCCAGGGGAAAAAUCCGCAAGUUUCGGUGUCGUUAAAGCGGAUAAAACAAGUUUCCAGCUUCCAAAGCCGCCCCAAAAUGUCCGAUGAAACAACUGAAUUAGAACAGAGUAAUUAGCUUUGCAUACGUGACCAGUGAGAACCGCUGGGCAGCACUAAGGGAAAUUGGGUAAUUCUCCUGGUUUUACAGGCAAUGUCAGCUUUCGAAGAACUGAAACGGCUCAGCCCAAUCGAUGAGCUGAAAUCUCCCACGGUACACGUGAUUCGUGAAGUGUACGAAGGCGAAAAUGCGCACGAGACGUUUGUGCUGGAACUGGACAAAGCACUUUACGCCAGGGCGGAUUAUAUUAUCAUUGAACCGACGCGUUUGGGCGAAGAAACGGGACGUUGGAUUGCCGUCGGGAACUGCCUGCACAAAACAGCAUUAUUCAGUGGCGUAGCUUCGGUGGCAGCUGGCCUGAUAUGGAGGGAUAUAUUGUUUCUCUGUACUCCCCUGUGUGCAGUAUCAGUAUUCUGCACUGGAUUGUACACAAUAUCUUGGUCGUACGACCCCUGUGUUCAGUAUCAAGUUGAGAAAAACCCCAAAAGCCUGUCGAAAGUACCAAACGUGAACGAUUUUUCGUCCCCGAUAGUGUUAGUCUACACCAGUAAUAAGUACUCGAAGUACACUCACCGGAUCGUAACGCUGCUCGCAAGUUCAUACUGCGCAUGGCGCAUUUAUCAGCUUUUCAAAUAAUUUCAGAGCAUCCGUUUGAAAAGUAGGAUUCUUGUUGGCAGCCGGCUUUGGACAGGGAUUUUGAGUUGAAGUUGUAUCAGUUCUCCGAGUGCUUGAUCGCCAGCAUUCGUCUCAGUAAAUUAUUCCGUUUCGGGUCAAGGAUACUAGAUGGAAACAGUAACACUCUUCGCGAAUAUUUAAUUUAAGCCACCGGAACAUGCUGUCUUGUUGUUUUGAGGCUGCGUUUCAAUAUGAUGAUUAGACGAUGAAACAAGGCAAGAAAAAAAAUUUUCGGUGAUCUAUGGAAGGUUCCUGGAUGAUCACAGAUUCCAGAGAGUGUUGAUUCUGGGGCAUUGAUUGAACCUGGUCCAGUGUAUUGAAAAAAAAAAAACAAACAAUUCCCAAACUCAAGCAAAGCUUUUGUGGGCUGCAUUUGGCCGCUGGUGGAGCUAUUCCUGCUAUUGGGAUCUUACACUCGACAUCAUCAUACAACUGACUGCCUAUACAAUUAAACUGGUAUCACAUUGAUAUCCGAUUAUGAUUGGGCCAAAGUUUUCUCGUUACUAUUCGUUUCAGUUUUAAGGAUAGCAAGAAGUUUCAUAUGAAGAUUGAAGUCGAUCAUGUUUCCCGAUUCUGUGAGUAGUAUUUCGUUAUUUUACUUCUGUGUUUUAUCAUUUGUUCAUUUUUGUUGAAAUUGAAUCGAAUUUCGGUAUAAAGUGAUAUUAGGAAAGUAGUAAACUUUCGUAUUCGCAGAGUUCACGAUUUCUGCUCGGAUCAAAGAGGUUAUGUAUCCUAAUGCAUUUAAGUAAAAGGCAGGUAGCGGAUAUUAAGUGAAUUUGGUCAAAAUACUUAGCUGCACAAGAGGUAGAUAAAUCCGUUUUUAGUUUUGCUCAAAGAUUGAAUCUUUCAUUUUAAUAAUUUUUUGUUCAAAGAAACUGCUUAAGAUAUUCUCCAAAAGACAUUAGUAGUAGAAAAACGAUGCUUAGAGCUAUAAAAAUCAUGUGUCUAGAGAAAGAUGAGAAUAUCUAUAUGUGGUAGUAUUACGUUGUAAUGUAUGGAACAAGCCACUAAAAGUGGAAUUAAGCGAACUGUGUAAAAAGUAACUUAUCUUUGAAGAAUAAUACUAUAGAA